AUGGGCCAACCACUUAUAAGGUCUGCAAACCCUUUUAACCUAAAAAAAACACGCCUUUUAUUUUCUUUCUGUCGGCGCCUCCAUCAAAACUUCUCACCCCCAAAUCCUUCCACCAUCGACGCAUCUUUCCUCACUUCCAUCAUCCUCUUCACGUUCAUCAACUCCGAUCAGCACCGCCGCCCAUUGUCACCCUCCUCUCUGAUCGCAAGAGAACAAUCUCCCAUUAAAGCUAACAAUUCCUCUACGCAGCAAACAAGUAAGAACACUUCUGAUUCUGAUGAUUAUUCUUGUUUUAGUACGAAAUUAAAGAGUAUUUUUCUUGAAAAACUCUUCAUUUUACUGAAAUUAGGUGAUGUUUAUGGGCAUCCGAAGGCUGCUUCAUUAAGAACAAUUCCAAUGCGUUUUCCAGAUCUUUGUGCACAUCUUUUUGAUGGAAACAGUGUCACUGAUGAUGAUGGUGAUGACACUUCCCAUCAUGCUAGUGAGCCUUUUCAAGAGUCGCCACCUUCUGCUUCUUCACCUUCUGCUUCUUCACCAUAUACUGCUUCACCCUCUGCAUUUGAAAUGAAAAAAGCUCUACAAAGUUUGACUAAAGGGUAUACAAUUCCUCAAUGUUUAGAGAAGUUAGAGGUGCCUGAGUUAGGCCCUACAAAUCCUUUAUGCUUUGUUGCAUAUCACAUUAUUAGAGGGACCAUGAACAUGAGAGAGAUGUGGAUGCAUUUUCCCGAUGUUCCCGAGAUAUUACAAGAAUGGCUUGAGAUGACAGGUACAAGUUUAGGAGUUUUAAAGGACGGAAAAAUUGUCGUUUGA